GGGCGCAGCCGUUUCAAACGGCCGGGCAAGGCGCUGACAGGCCAUGGUUGACGUGUCCGCAUGUCUUGACCAUCGAGGCGAUGUUGAUAGAGCACACCGACCUGAUGCAUCCGCCCAUGUGGAGUACAAGCCGCUGUCGGCCAAUAGGAUUCGAAGCUUUGCGCCGCCUGCGCGCCAACCCCGCGGCCGGCCCAUAGCUCCGAUUGCCAGAGCCAAUGAGGCGUCCCUGUCGCAUGGCUGGGGCAAGGACUUGCGGUUCAGUUCUGGUGAAAUAUCGCCGGAACCGGCCGCAGAGGAGCUGCCAAGAGCGCCGGCAGUCGUCAUCCGGAGGGUGCUCGUCAGGCGAGUGCAGAUGACGCAGGCCACUUCUUUCCAGCAGGAAGCCGAGAAGGUUGGGGCAUAUGCUCCCCAACAUCCCAGCACUACAAGAUGCGAAUCUGAGGAGACACGCACCCACUCAGAGGAGGAGACAGCGUCCACAAAGAGCUCGGAUGAUGAUGCGUCCGCUGGGUGCAGCAUGCCGUCCAGAGGUGCAGAGCCCAGACAGGCCGUUGGGCUGUGGGGUGCGUGAGGGGUGCGGUCACCCGUACCUUUGAGCCGUGAC